GGGAGGGCCCGGCCGUAGCCGCUGCCACCCUGCUGGCGAAGGUCCCGGUGGAGGGAGCGGGCUCUGGGCCGUCGCUCUGCCUCGCCCCCCUUCCCUUCCUCCCCGCCGCCGCCUGAGGUGAGUGUCACUGAGGACACCUCUGUAAAGCUGACCACAUUAAACCAGCAGUGAGUACUGUAAUGACUUACGUUGCAAAGAAGUGCGGCAUCUGCUUUCAGCCUCCAUCCAUUAUCCUGAUCUACAAAGAAGACAACAAGGAUAAGACUCGGCAGCGCAUCAUGCCUGUCAGAAACUUCUCCAAGUUCUCAGACUGCAGCAUGGCUGCUGAGCAGCUGAAGAACCACCCUCGGCACAAGGCUUACCUAGAAGGAGUCUCACUGCAUCAGCUAAAGAAGCUGUACAGUUUGCUGAGAGGUCAUCUGGGAGGAGAGAGCCUGGCUGAGAGCUUGGAGAAGUUUCAGCGAAAAGAGACAAUUGACCCCGAAGAAGAUAUGAACAAACUAGAUGACAAGGAACUAGCCAAAAGGAAGAGAAUCAUGGAUGAGCUCUUUGAAAAGAACAGGAAGAAGACAGACGACCCAGAUUUCACCUAUGACAUUGAGGUUGAGUUUCCACAGGAUGAGCAGCUGGAGUCCUGUGGCUGGGACAUGGAGUCAGGGGAAGAAAUCUGAUUCUGGACAAAGAUGUCUUGGACAGGCAGUUCAGAGACAAGUCCCUCAGUCUCAACAGAAAGGCUCAGCAUACGGAUUCUGUUGCAUCAUUUUCACUUCAUGCAUUGAUGCACCUCACAGCUAUGGAGAACUCAAGGCCUAAGGUGCUAUGGCAAUUCCAUGUUUAAGUGAACUUCGUUUAAGAAGCCAGACUUGAUGAAAUGGAAAUUGGGCAGCUGGACUUAUUGGCUGUUUUUAGUCUUUUCCUAUGUGUGAGUGCCUAAAAUAAUUUGAAAUUAUUAAAUCCUCUGUUCACAUUUCAGUCAGCUUUGGCUGAAAACCUCACCAGCUUACCAUGAUUUCUAUUCAGCUUAAUCUGAAAAUGAAGCCUUAAAUAUCUAUGUCUUGAAAGCAGUGUUAAAGCUUUAUUGUAUACAUAUGGUGUUUAUUAUUACUUGUUGGAACAUUAAAUAUGUGCUAGUCUUUCUGGAUGAACCAACA